ACUUCAUGAAAACAUGCUGGCAACACUGCAUCAUCUUGAGCUACAGAUUGCCUCAUCUCGCUCUGUUAGCGGUUUAAGGAUCCACCGAUCCAUUAUUCAUCUAAUCAAGGGCGAUUCCAUUGCAGUAUGAGUCAAGUCACACCCCUGCCGAGUGGGCCGCAGCCGGGAGUCAAGUAUCCGUGCAUCGUGGAAUACUGCCCCAAUUGCUCCAUGCCAUUUGAGUUUUGUGAGUAUUACCCAGACUACGAGGGCUGCCGUCAAUGGUUGGAAAAGCACAUGCCAGAAAAAAUUUGCCACACUCUCGGUGGAGGAAGGAGGCGGGCGGGCGGAGGCGGUGGUGUGGAUGAUGGGAGUGUCGUGGGCGAGGACGGCAAGAAACGGCAAACGCGUGGCGGAAAAAGCAUGAUGAAGGCCAAAAAGAAGGAAGCAGCCGUGCAGAAACGCAUUAUCCUCUCGAUCGCACCGCGGGGCAAGAAGAAGGCUGUGACCGUGAUUCAAGGCCUAAAAACCUGCGGCAUCGAUUUGAAGGUCGCCUCCAAGUUCUUCGGACAAAAGUUUGCCUGCGGGUCCUCCAUUACCGGCGACGACGAGAUCGUCAUUCAGGGCGAUUUCAAAGACGAUCUCUUUGAUGUGAUUCCUGAAAAAUGGCCCGAGGUGGACGAAGACCUCAUUGACGACAUCGGAGAAAAAAAGCGCUCAUAGAUCAAUUCCGCGACCACCCCAGCAUGAAACAUUGCCCGCAUACCCCCUCCCCCCCCCCCCCCCCCCCAUUUUUUACGGAAUUUCCAUGGGUCAAUCCUGAUUCCCCUCUAUGAAAUAAACGCAAAAAAGGCAAAAGGCUCGGUCAA